AUGGCGGCACCGGUCCAGGUAGUGACAUAUAAGAAGAAAGAUGGCUCAUUGGCGAUGGCGACGGAUGGGAAGUCGAUCACUUGGACCCCCGAGGUGGCUGGUUCCGGGGCAUCACCGGUAACGAUUCAGGUUGCGGAUAUUACACACCUACAACAAACCCCGGCAGCAAGCCCCAAAGUUAUGCUUAAGAUCUUCGCGCAAACCUCCAACGAUGGCUCCAAUGGCGGCCCCAACAAUCCUCCCCCAGGAGCCACGGAACAAUAUAUCUUCUCCUUCGUGUCCGGACCUAACGCCCGUGCUGAAGCAGAUGCGAUCAAAGAUGCGCUUAGCGCUUCAAUACAAGCUGUGAAGACGGGACAGGUUCCUACGAAAGAGGGCGCUCCAGCCGCGAUGGCAUCAGCGUCGGGGAAACCGCCGUGGGACGAUGAUAGCCGGUUAAUAGCGGACGCAGAGCUACAGCAGUCACUCCUAAAAGCGAAUCCGGCACUGCAGAAGGUGUUUAUGGAGACGCUUCGCACUAAGGCCGAGGCGGUCACUAGCGCGCAGUUCGUGUCGCAGUUUUGGUCAACAAGGGUGCAUCUGCUACGGGCUCAUGCGAUUGAGAAGGCGCAGACGCGCGGGUCAUACAAUGUGCUCUCAACGCUGAAGCCGCGGGUGGAGGACAAUGUGACCAAGCUGAAUAUCAGCAAGGAGCAGAUCCAGUUGAUAUUUAGCCAGCAUCCGUUGGUGAAGAAGGUGUACGAUGAGAACGUCCCCAAGCUGACCGAGCAGCAGUUUUGGUCACGGUUUUUUCAAAGCAAGUUAUUCAAGAAGCUACGUGGAGAGCGGGUGACGGAUGCAGAUGCGAGUGAUCCCAUUUUAGAUAAGUAUCUCAAGGUCGAUGAGUAUGCGGGGCACUCGUGGACAGCGCAUGUGCCGCAUAUGAUCGAUCUUGAGGGGAAUGAGGUGGAUGUUAGUCAGAGGAUGGGGAAUAGGCCGAAUUUCGAUAUGAGGCCUGCCGCCAUGGAUAAUGUGCCAAUUAUUCGGACGUUGAACUCGCUAAGUGAGAAGAUCAUGGCGAAUGUCACGCCAAUCGAUGCUGACCCGUCUGCCCCGAUUGGAAUGAACGAAGAGACGUAUAACGAAUUACAGUUGCGUGAUUUGCGCGUGGAAGAGGAGCUAAAACGGAUAACACUAAAUGUGCGCGACCAGAGCCGUUUCUUCGUUGGGACCAAUCCAAAGGAGGAUGGAGAUACACAAACCGUUGCCCAACAAGAUCCUCGCGAAAUUUUACGGAGGCUACAAGAUGACCUUGACGCCGUCUUCCCACCCAAUAAGCGCGGAGGGGUCCAACUUGACCGUAUCGUCGAGCCCGAAGAAACCGACAGCGACGAGGAUGAUGAUGAUGAUGAUGAUGAUGAUGAUAAUAAUAAUAAUAAUAAUAAUGCCCGCAACCAAAAAAAUACAAAGGCCCAAGUUGAGAAAGUUGGCUCCAAAUCUGCACUUGCCGCCGCCUCCUCUGAAAUCUUUGCCGCGAUCCGCGACCGCAAAUCCCAAUUCUCCCCCGCCUCCGCCACCUCUCCCGAAACCUGCGGCCUCCCCUCUUCAAUCUUCGACCGCCUAACCCUCACGCACGCCACCACAACCGAAUUCCUCCAUCAAUUCUGGCAGGCCUUUUUAUCGGGGAAUCCGGAGCGGGCAGGUGAAAUCGCGUCGCUAGUUGAAUCGUUAAAUCGUGCCAUGGACCGUAUCAAAGCUGUGGCCGAUGAGGCGGAGAAGGAGCGCCAGGCGGAGAUUGAGAGGUUGAAGCAACAUGCUAGGGAGGUCAGGGUGUCGACGGGGAAGAAUAUCCGGCCAAACUUGAAGCGGGUGGAGGGAGGGGAGAAGACGGUUAAUGCGCUUAUGGAGCCGACUCUGAAGGCGUUGGAGAAGGCGUUGGAGGAGUACAGGAAGGCGUUGGCGCAGCAGGUUCAGGGACAGGAUAGGAUGGGUGAUUUGCCCAUGAAAUAG